AUGUUUUUUAUUUUUACUUUUUUGUCCUCUUAUGCUGUGGGUGUUUUUUCACAUCUUGAUGAAAAGUGCGAUAAGUCUGAUAUCCAAAUAAAUCAAUCUCCAACUGCUCCACUUCCAAGUGGUAUUCCAACAUACACAGUUGAGAUUGUAAAUACACGGGUCAUUGGUUGUGUCAUCUCUAAUGUUCAUGUUGCAUGUGGCAUGUUCAGUUCUGCGACACUUAUCGAUCCAAACAUCUUCAAACGUCUCAACAAUAAUGAUUGUUUAGUUAAUGGUGGAAACCCUAUUUCUAAUGGAGGUGUUAUUUCCUUCAAGUAUGCUACCACGUAUUCUUUCCCUUUAUCUGUUUAA